GCACAGCGAGCCACUCUUACAUAAAAAGAAAAUAAUAACAAAAAAUAUAUAUAUCUACAGGGAUUUUUCUAGGGAUGUAUGUUGGGGAGUUUCAUUAUUUUCUCCCUAGUUCGUGACAUGUUUGGCGGUGACUGCCGAGGGGGAUGAGGCUGGACUUCUACCUUGUUUGGAACCUUUGCGUCUUGUUAGCACUCAUCGGUAUGUUCACCUACCUCAUAUUCUUCUUUAAGUAACACGGAAGAGGUGAAACAGACCCGGGCUGGCGCUGAUAGGCUGAUUUAGUCAAACCAACCGGCGCACCGUCAUCUGGCGAGCAAACUCCUGUUCCUUGCGACCCUUGCCUGCCCCACCCCUCCCUCCUGACACCCACCCCUUUGCACCACCUGAGGCCCCCAACCUGCCACCACAUGAGACAAACCCCCACUUUUUAACACCUGCAAAGUGACCCACGCCUCUGUUAACACCUGAUACAAGCUCUAGGCUUCUGCCAUCACCUGAGACAAGCUGCACGCCUGUCAACACCUGUAAAGUGACCCACACCUUUGUCAACACCUGCAAAGUGACCCACGCCUCUGUCAACACCUGUAAAGUGACCCACGCCUCUGUUAACAACUGCAAAGUGACCCGCACCUGUCACCAGCCCUCCAGGUCUCCAAGAAGUUCGAGAGUGGAGGUAAAAUAAUAUUAACAUAGAGUGGUAUCAGAUGUAUAUAUUGUAGAUGAUGGUGUUUGUUGCUGGCUGGAAUGUGUAGUACAUGGAUGGUUUAAACUGUUGUUGGCCAUUCACUGGAUGCCUUGAGACGUGUGUUGGCAGGGAAAAGCAAAUAGCAGUUGUUGGGAAUCACCAUGCAGCAAGCUAAGUAGAUCUGGAGAAGUAGGAUUUACAAGGGAACUUUGCUGCUGCUGUCACUUGGCUACACACUAACUUGCCUGAGAAAUGGAUCUGGAAGAGUCCCGACAGAAGGAGCUGCUUGCGGCAUAUCUGUGUGUCAAGGCUUCAGUAGCUGAAGACCUGUGUAGUGCUGAGGAGGUGAAGAGAGCCCUACAGUAUGCUGGUCUGAGUCCAACCCCGGCCUUUCUUGCACAGCACUGGCAGGAGGACACCACUGAGUCUGUCACUUUUGAGCACUUCUGUAGCUUGGCAGAGCAGCUCCCAGACAUCAGCAUUGAUGACAUCGAGGCACUCUUCAUGAAGGUGUUUGGUACUGCAGAUGGGAAGGUGGAAGAGGAUGACUUCAAGAGACUGGUGGGGGGCGAUGACCCUGAGCGAGAGCUGAGCGAUGCUGACCUGAACUACAUCCUGCAGGAGGCCAAUGUGGUGAGCAGUGGCUCAGUGGAUUGCAGCAAGCUAUGCAAGGUCAUCCUGCACACUGUGAAUGAGAUGAAGCAGCUCAGUGUGCAGAAGCUGGAGGAACGCUCACACUACCAGCGCAUCAACUCCAAGACCUUCACCAGGAAGAAGCGAGAGAAGUUUGCCAAUCAGGAUGGCAACAGUGGCAUGGGUCAGUCCACACUGGAUUUGGAGGGCUGGAAUGAGGCAGAUCUGAAAGGUUGCUUCUACCUGGACAAGGGGAGUAUUCUGGCGCACCAGUACAGCAUGGAGGUGUCUUGCCUGGGACCCACUGUGGUGCGUAUGAAGCCCAAGAGCUACAUGAAGCAGGAGGCUGGACGGGGGCCAGUCGACACUCUGGCGUACAUCUUUCGUGAGUCUCAUGAAGGGAUGCGGAACUACAUAGGCUACACCGACCAGAGGGACAGUGAUGGCUCUUACUUCUGGCGAGACACUCUGAAAGAGGGCCGGUAUGUGGUGAUCCCCUACACCAGUGGGUGCCGCCUGCGGGAGAGAUUACAAGAGCCAGAGGCCACCAUUGAGUUAGUAGAGAGACAGAGUAAGGUGCAGCUGACCCCAGAGUUCAGGCUAGUGCUGGAGGAAAUCUUUGAUCAGGUUGACCUGGACAGCAACGGCAGACUCAGCCGUGAGGAGUUCAACCUGUACAACUGGCGCACUUCAGGGGAGGAGGUGCAGGAUGAUGAGUGGGCUGUGGUGCAGGCCAACUUUGAUGUACAGGGUGGGGAGCUUACCCUUAAUGGCUUCCUAGCCCUGCACCAGCUGGAGGCUGAAGACAAUGGGGGUGACUCUGAGGACCUGUGGGUGUCCCUGGAUGCCAUGGGGUACAACCGUGCAGGGCGGCAAGACCAGGCAGCGCCUUUCACCCUCAGCGUGUUCAGCCAGGUGUGCCAGCCCACCCUGCAGGUGUCUGGCCUGAAGAGUGGUGGCCUUCUGCUGGACAAGGCUGUGGUGCGCUCCAUAAUGGAGAAUGCAGACCCUGUGAAGAUAAAGAAUAUGAUUGACCUGAUCAGAUAUGAGUACGUGGGAGACCACCGGGCCAGCAUUGUGGUGCAGAACAAGGCCCACAGCAAGGUGACAGUGCGCGUGGACUGCAGCCAGAGCCUCAAUGUGAUCACCAACAGGCCGAGUCUGGACUGGACGGUGGAGGUGGCAGGCAAGUCGGCCAUCAUUGCCCACCAGCUGCUGCCGAGCAGGAUGGGCGAGAAUUGGACUGUGGUGUGUGAAACAGCUGGGGACAACUUGUCUGAGGAGGAAGAAUAGUGUCUGGACCAGAUGCCGGAGUCAUGGCAGGACUGUCUGUCUUUGUAACAGUUGGCACCACACACUUUGACGCUCUCAUCCAGGCUGUGGUCGAUGAGGGCACCCUUGAGGCGCUGCGGCACAAGGGCUACUCCAAGGUUACUCUUCAAAUUGGACAUGGGAAAUUCACACCACCAGAGGGGCAGCACCAAGGGGUUGCCUUGUCCCAUUUCAGAUUGAAACCAUCUGUGGCAGAGGACUUUGCAGCAGCAGACCUUGUGGUGAGCCAUGCAGGGGCAGGCUCCUGUCUUGAGGCCUUGCAGGCAGGCAAGCCCCUGGUGGCUGUGGUCAACAACACUCUUAUGAACAACCACCAAAUAGAGUUGGCAGAGGAACUUGCAAAUAAUGGAUACUGUUUUUUUUGUUAUCCAGAAACCCUACAGGAGACCAUUGCCAAGCUGGACCUCUCACAGCUGAAGCUGUACAGUCCUGGUCAGCCUAGACUUUUGGCUGAGUACCUGGACAGUGUUAUCAAGGUAGGAAGUUGAGGCUGCUUGGGGGCACAAGUUAAAUAAUGACCACUGGCUUAUAUAUGUUAACUGUUGUGGUGUCAGUGUACAGGAACAUGGCAUAUUUUGUGAAUUGAGGAAGGCAAGUGAGUUCAUAGUGCAGCAUCAUCCUUGGGACAGAAUGUAGAAAAUGAAGUAUUGAUAUAAAUUCUAUUGUCUUUAGAAAUGUCUCUGAAUAAAGGAGAGUCUGUUAACAUAAACUUGGCACCUGCUUCAAAUAUGUAUACUUAAUAGGUCAGUAUAUUUAAUGUAGCAUUUCAAGCCUUCUAUACAAUAUACUGUAUAUUGUUGAACAUAUUGAAACCAAUUAUGUAUCUGUAAGAUCAUUAGGUAAAUAAGCACCACUUAAUAUAAAGCUGCCAUGAUUGUUGCUUUGGCAUAUGAGCAGAAGUGCUGCCACUACAUAUCACUGACAGUCAUGAACAGCUUGUAGCAGGAACUGUCAUUUUAGAAAAAUAGUCAUUACAACUAAAGUAUUCCUCAGCUUUUUCUUUUUUUUUUUUUUUUUUUUUGCAUAUACUGUAAUGAAAGUCUGGCAAUGUGCUCUAAGAAAUUCUUGCUUUGAGGAGGUGAACAAGUUAACACAGUGUUCAGUGAAUCCCUCCAGCCUGUGUGUAUGGGAAGAGUUUCCCCCAUGACACUGCUGCUGCCGUCUGGUGCAUCCCUGCAGCGGCGAUGAGCCACACAGACAGUUGUCCAUGUGUAUCAUCUCUCAGUGACAAGCUUGCCAAGACUGAAGUGUAGUGACUAGUGAAGGUGCCGCCACAAAGACUGUUCACCAGUCUGUACCAACACCACUUUACUAUAGUUUUGGCAAGUUUUAAUCAAAAUAUAAUUAUCUAGUGAAAUUUUGUAUGUCACUAAGGCUUGGUACAUAAUAUGAGUAAUUAUGUAUUACAAAAGUGAUCAGCUAAUGGUGUACUUAUAAAGUUACAUAAAGAUAAAUAGAGCUUGGUGUUUGUGAGUCAGUAUGCUGUGUGUGGCUGGGAGGAGGUGGGGCAGAAGCAAUGGUGGAAGGAAUUGAGGAUUAUGGAGAAAAAAAAAAAAAUAGGAAGGUAAGAACGUCAUGUAGAAGCGAGACAGGUGUGAAGUCAAACCGAAUAGAAUAUAAUGUUAAAGCUGGAUGUUCAGGUGAGAGAUGGAUAAUAUUGGUGGUUAUGUGAAAAAAAAAAAAAUAAGAUGCCUUCGCUGAUAGAAGCAAUGAAAACACUGGAAAUUAAGGGAAAACAAAGGUUGGGAAGACUGUCGAGGUUACGUAAAUAAACAAAUAAAUAAAAUUGAUUAAAACGUAUAUGAAUCCUU